GUCCUGAUUGUUUUGCGCUCACGGUGGCGUUCUAUGCCACAUCACAUGUCAGGCAGCUCCAACGCGCAGAGCUGAGCGUGUUGUCCUGAACAGAGCAAGCUGUCAGGAGCAGGAAGCAGCUCCAAAACAACGGAAGCGAGCGUGUUUUGCGUUUCAGGACUAUUUCGCUCUUACUUUGGUUUGAGAGGUGAAGAAGAACAUGCGUUCAACGCACAGGUUGCAUUCGUAAAGAUAGUUCCAAAUUUUGAAGAUAUGUCUCGCAAGAAGGCAGCAAAAGGUAAAGCCGCGAGCAACAGCCCGUCUGCAGGUAGUCCUGCCGGGAAAGGGACCGGGAAAACUGCUAAGAGCAGCCCGGGCAUCGUUCAGAUGAACGGCGUGGUCCACCCCAGCAGACCCUCCAUCAGCAACAGCAACGAGUUUUACGACAUCGCAUUCAAGGUGAUGCUGGUUGGAGACUCUGGGGUGGGGAAAACGUGUCUACUGGUCCGUUUUAAAGACGGAGCCUUCCUGGCUGGCAGCUUCAUCUCCACUGUUGGCAUCGAUUUCAGGAAUAAAGUCAUGAACAUUGAUGGAGUCAAGGUGAAGCUCCAGAUCUGGGACACCGCUGGACAGGAGCGCUUCCGCAGUGUCACUCAUGCCUACUACCGAGACGCCCAUGCUCUGCUUCUGCUGUAUGACGUCACCAACAAAUCCUCCUUUGACAACAUCAGGGCAUGGCUGACUGAGAUCCACGAGUACGCCCAACAGGAUGUGGUCCUCAUGCUGCUUGGAAACAAGGCUGAUGCAACUCACGAGAGAGUGGUGAAGAAAGAAGAUGGAGAGAGGCUUGCAAAGGAGUUUGGAGUUCCUUUCAUGGAGACUAGCGCCAGGUCAGGUCUGAAUGUGGAGUUGGCUUUCACUGCUGUGGCAAAGGAGCUGAAGCACCGAUCCACGAAAGAUCCCAGCGAAAAGUUUACGCUGCAGGAGUACGUGAACAAGGAGAUGAAGGGAGCAGGCUGCUGCAGGUCUUAAAGCCUGCUUGGGUCACUCUGUGGAUUUGUGUGUGUGUGUGUGUGUGUAUAUUUAUGUGUGUGGAUCACUCUUGUUCAUAUCUGGCCAAAUCAGAGAUGAGGAGUCAGCUCCAGCGAGGUAAAAAAUAUUUUGUUUUCUGUUAAUCCACUUUUAAUCUUUCCUGUCUCCGACUCCUCGACCCCCAUCAGAAGUCCUGUGCUCCUUUUUUUGCAAAGCACCUUUUUUGUCCUCCUCCCGCAGCUGUGAAUGUAGCCUCGGUUAUGAUUUGCAACAGAGUUUAAGUGCUUUUCACCUCAGUCAUUAACAUAUUAAUGGACAUUUUCUUCCAUAACUGUAGCUGCAUGAUAAUAGUUGAAUUCCCCAUUGAAUCAGACGCCAACCUAAUAUCUUUGCAUAACUUGGUAGUGUUAUUUCAUUGUGAAGGGAUUUAAUCACAUCAGAUUUUACGUUUUUUUUUUACAAGAAACAUCAUUUAGAAUGAAUGUUCCCUUUUUUGGUAAGUGUUUGAAUGAAUGCUCCUAUAAUAGAUGUAUAGUGAUGUGUCUCCCGUCUAUGGUUCGGUGUUCAUGUCAGUGAUUCCACAGGCUAUCUGGAGCCAAUUUAGCUCACCAGCAUAAACUUAAUCUAAGCAUUACCAUGACUCAGCUGUUGAUAUUUGGGAAUAUGUAUAAUGUCAACAUAAAAGUGAAUUGGUGUUGCAAUUAUGUUUCUUUAUGAUAUGAAGUACAGAAAAUCAUAAUUAGCUACAAAAAUGAUUAUUUUAAUGGAUAUUAAUUAAUGCUAGAUGCUAAACAAAGAAGUCUGUGGUAGUUUAAGAGAAACUUUAAAACUAAUGGCAUAGCAUGGGUCAUGGUACCUUAAACAUUCUGGGCAUUUUUCCAAUGGAAGAGAAUCAAUAUUGAAUCUUGGAGCGCUCUAAUGCAACUUCUCUAUUUGAUAAUAUGAAGAUUUUCUUUCCUUUCCUUUCACCUUUUUUUUUUAAAGGGAAAGUUUGUGUUUUUUGAAGUGGGGUUGUAUGAGGUACUUGUCAAUAGUUAACUGCAUUACUCACAGGGGAUGCUGCUCAGCUCAAUCCGUUUGCUCAGACACCUGCCAGAGAACUGGCUUAGAAGCUAGGCCAUCAGCGCUCUUUCAGACAGUGGUCUCAUUCUUCUUUUUUAACUCCGGUUCACAGAGGUGUCCUCUUGUAUCCACAAUAAACACCAUGUUACCAUUGCUGUCAGAAUCACUGGUUAAGUUUGGGUGUAUUUUGUCUCUUCGAAGCUCAGAGACCUGAACAGCUUACCAGUGCACUGCAGGCAAAGGAACCAUUUCUGUGUUGCAUCCACAUAGUGCAAGAACAGAUGAGCUAUGUGAUGGCUAAGUUUAACGCUGAGACAUUUCUAAAUAAAUAUGUACAUGUUUAUAUCUACACUUGUACUGACAUACAUGUUUCUUAAAUUAGUAAUGUCAAGUGGUAAAGUUGACCUCAUCUACAGCAGUCAAUAGCCUAGCUUCUGUGUCGGUUCACCAGCUGGUUUCUCAACAAAAGGGCUGAGCAUCUUCUGUGGGUAAUACCCUACUAUUGACAAGCCCCCCAUACAACCCUACUUUGAAAAAACAAACAUUUUCAGAAGGUUAAACACACUAUGUAAUCUAUAUCGACAAACGUGAUGUAAAUACUUUUUUUCUCCCUGUAAAGGAAGACAUUGGUGGCACUUUAAUGGUAUAUUAGAGGGGGUUGGGGAUUAUAGAUAUUUAUAUUAUAUUGAAAGUGUUACCUGAUGUAUUAUAACACUUAUUUUUAAUGUCUCAUUUGAAGUUAAAAGUGCAAAUAUUAGUGGUCUGCUUGCUGUAGUACCAUUCAUAAAUAUAUAAAUGGGGUAUUUAGUGCCAUCUUUUCUGAAAGUAUUGACCAGUAUGUUUCUUAAUCAUCGCCAUAAUAGAAGCAUAUGCCUCUUUUUAUACAACUGUUGCUUUGAUAGACUUCAUCUUAGUCAUAGAAACUGGAUCUCUGUACAGUAUUCACAGUAUUUUCCAAACUUGAUGUUCAGAGAGUAAUGUGAUAUUUGGUUUGACUAUUUUUCAAUGUUUAACUUCUUUCUUGUAACUGAAGGUUAACUACAAUAAAAGAAAACAGAAGUUAA